CGAGAAAAAAUCUCAUGUCGGCGCCACCCCUGCCGUCCAAGGUACCGGGAGCAGCCAUGGGUGUUGGACAGGGUCCGCGUCGAGGCUCGCAUACCUCCAAGCCCGUGCCUCCCAAGGCGGCCGGCCCAAAGCCGCCUCCUGUUGGCCCUAAGCCUACUACAAGGCCCAAGCCGCUCGCCACGGCUCGAUCGUCGUCGCACGCGUCGUCACGACCUGGCAACCCUGGAGAGGGCAAGCUCCCGCCGCCGCGCCCACCGCCGCCUGCAGCAGGAGCCCCGCCGGUCACCAGCCCGAAGAACGACUCUGCCGCGGUGUUGACGCCUGCCUCGUCACCUUUGCCGCCCGGGGCCUCGCCCGGCUCUGAUCGUGCUGACGCGCCCGUCGUGCCGCCCGCCCGUACUGCCUCGCUGGGUGUGCACUCGCCGGCCAAGGGUGAAACAGGCGCUAGCGCGCCGCCGUCCGACGCGGCUCAGGCGGACAUUGGGGCGCGGUUUACCUCGCCAGAGUCGUAUGCACUUGCUGCCGCGCUGGUUGGCACGCCCGAGGGCGAGCGGUCAGUGGUGCUCAAGAAAACGCUCGGCGGGACAGCCGACGACGACGCCACGCCUUCGCCGCGGGCUAGCACCUUUGCCGAGCGCCGCCCCGACGUCAUCUCAUUCAUCAACGCACAGUACUCUGCACACAGCCACGUCGAGGUCGACGACAGCGAUGUCGACGACGCCGCGGCCGACGUCGGCCUCGCAGACCCAGAAGCGGUAGCCGACGCAAACGCUGCGGCAGCCCAGCUUGCGCGCCAGCGCGCUACAACCGCAGCGUCGGCCGGCAAGGCCAAGAAGAAGAAGAAGAAGGCCAAGCGGCGGAAGCGCGGCGGCGUCGGUAGGUUCCAGGGCGUCUCCGAUGACCGCCCGCUGACGUCGACGUCGGGCGAGGCGUUCACCAAGCUUCGCAAGCCCAAACUGCUGCGGCAGACGGCGACGCAUGUUCCGGAUCUCCUCCCAAUCGGGGCGGCGGCGCCGUCGCAGGCCUUUGCUGUCGACGACUCGUACGAGAGCUCGUCGUCGACCUCAUCGGGCACGGUGCAUCGGCACCGGAUACGGCACAACAUGCGCGACGUGCAGGAUGAGGUGGCUGAGCUCCACCAGGCCGUCUCGCGCAUUUCAUCGCAGCACUCAAAGAUGAUGCGCGGAAAGCAACUGUUUGCCUUCCGUCUUUUCAAGCGCGAGAAGCGGGUCCUCCGCGCCGAAAACGACUACCUCCGCGACCGAGUCAAGAUGCUCGAGGACUCGGUCGACAAGCUCCGCGAGCAACAGGUGGUCAUGACCACCGAGAUCGAGACCUAUCGCCAGACGGUCGAGAACCUCGGCCAGCAGUUUGCCGAGACUGUGCUCACCAUCCAGGCCCAGCAUGAGAUGUUCCUCGCCCGCCAGGAAGUGGUCAUGGACUACGAGAAGACCAUCGCCGAUCACUACUACUACCUCCGUCAGCGUGCCGAGGAGGAGAAUCCGUCGCCGCUGGCAGGGGCGCUGGCGAACCAGAACCAGAGCCACAGCACGACGAGCCUAACCUCGCAUCCGUCAGGCGAGCUGAGUGCCUCGGAGACCGCAGGCGAGUCGACGGCGGCGGCACUCGCGGUGGCCAUGGCAUCGUCGAACGCUCCACCGACUGGUGUCGACUCGACCGGCUCGCCGUUUUGCGUGCCGGAGGGCAUGUGCUGGGUGUGCAACAAGCUGCUCAACGGCGACGAGACAACGGUCAAGGGUCAUACCAUUCAUCGGUCGAAGAAGACCUGCCUUCGGCUGCUUCCGGCCAAGCUCAAGGAGGAAAAGGCGUUCCUUGCAGCUGCAGCCAGCAAUGUCUCGAUCGACGACGAGCUCAACGACGCCAUGAACAUGCUCAUGGACGCAUCAGAUGCGUCGGUGGACUCUGUCCCGCCGUCGGUACUGACGCUCAACAUGAGCAGCUCGGCGACGCCGCCGCUCAGCGGCUCCGAGUCGCGGCGGCGGUCGGCGACGAUUGUGCGAAUGCCGCAGUUUUCGCCGAGCCUGGAGCCGUCAUCGCCGGCGCACGGCUCAGCCCCGCCGUCACCGGCCGACUCGUCGGGCACCGACCGCGACGAGUCGCCGGCGCGGAUGGCCAACUCGCGGCAGAUGCGGGCCGGGACUAAGCGAUCGUCAACGGUGGCGGCGCGGCCGAAUCGGCCGGCGCUGACGCUGGAUCAGCCUGCCGUUGUUCCGCAGACCACCGAGUUCGAGCUCGAGUCGGAGACUGAGAAGCGUUCGUUCCGGGUGGCUGGGCCGGUCAACACUGUGGCGGAGCGGCAGCUGUUGAAAUUUGUCUCGACGUGCUCCCCGCAGAACCUGCUUGACGUGCGGUGCUCGGGCUGGCUGGGCAAGCGCAAGGGCAAGGUCUCCAAGUCGUUCACCAAGAUGUUUGGCUGGAACCGGCGGUUUUUUGUCCAGCACAGCAACUAUCUCACCUACUUUCGCAAUGAGUCGUCCAAGUCGCCGCUGUGGUCGAUCCCGCUACGCAACACCACCCUCGAGACGGCUAUUUUGUCGAAGAAGCACCUCAUCACGCUCUCUAACCCUGUUUUUGAGCGCAUGUUCCAGUUUAUGGCAUACUCGCAGCGUGACUAUGACAUUUGGUGCGAGGUCCUGGCCAAGGCCAUCUCUCAGGCCAAUUCGCCCGAGGCCAAGCUCGACCACCUGGCGGUUGCGCCCAGCGGCGGUGACGAUGGCAAGCACGCGGCUGUCAAGCGGGUCUCAGUUGACCUCUCGUCAAACACCGGGACCACGUCGGAGGACCUACUGUCGUCGCCGGACGCCUCGCCGGCGUGCUCUCCGCCGUCGUCGCCGCGGAGCUCAGCGGAGCGGGUCCCUGCUCCCGUCGUCGUCACGCCAGAGGUGGGCGGUAGCGAAGGACCGCCGCCGGCGCUGCCGUCGCGGCAGCCAGGCAAGCGUCGGAGGGUCACCAUGCGGUCAGCGCCGGGCUCGCGCCCGCUGCCCGGAACGCCGCCAGGACCGCCGCCCAAGCCGCUCUCGACGGGCUCGUCGGGCUCGGCCGGCUCGGCCGGCUCGGGUGAGCAAGCUGCAAGCGAGAGUGAAGCUUCAGUGCCAAGCACCGUCGACGAUGACAAUGACGACGACGACGACGACGACGAUGACGAUGACGAAGAUGUCGAUGCAGGCGCACACUCGGGUCCCGGCUCGUCCAAGCCGCGGGUCCUCCCGCUUGUCGCUCGCGGUGGGCGGUUCCGGACGCGGUCGACUACGCUCGGUGGAGCGCCUUCGCGGGCCAUCCCACCGCCCAAGCCGUCGCCGCCGCCUUCCAAGCCGCGCCGUCCCCCGUCGCAAGUCCUCGAGCAGGUGGCUGCUCUCAAGGCGCGGCGGCCGCCAAGCGGCUCGGGUGGCUCGGGGAGUGUCGGUGACGCCCUCGACGCGGGCGGCUCUGACUGCGCGGCUGCGGCCGAAAAGUCCCCGCCGUCGACAGAGCCGUCUCCAACACCGGCCAAGGAGGUGGACCACGAGCUGGAGGUGCCCCGCAAGGACGCCCAGCUCAUAUCAGAAGCGGUUGUGGCCAAAGAGGAGGAGGCCAAGCCGCUGCAGGUGGGGGAAGGGCAAGGCGGACUCGACUUGGAAGAGUUUGGCUUUUGA